AUCUAGAACGACGCAAUGAAGAUAGAAGAAGUGAAAAGUACCGCUAAAACUCAAAGAAUUUCAGCUCAUAGCCAUAUCAAAGGGCUAGGUUUGGAUGAAAAUGGGGUACCAAUUCAGAUGGCCGCCGGUCUUGUGGGUCAAGAAUCUGCACGAGAGGCAGCAGGCAUUGUUGUGGAUAUGAUCCGCAGCAAAAAAAUGGCAGGCCGUGCACUGUUGUUGGCAGGGCCACCAGGUACAGGCAAAACUGCGAUUGCUUUGGCUAUUGCCCAGGAAUUGGGUACUAAGGUGCCAUUUUGCCCUAUGGUAGGCAGUGAGGUAUACAGUACAGAGAUCAAGAAGACUGAGGUAUUGAUGGAGAAUUUCCGUAGAGCCAUCGGUUUGCGUAUCCGAGAGACCAAAGAAGUGUAUGAAGGAGAGGUAACUGAGCUAACACCUGUUGAAAUGGAGAACCCCACUGGUGGUUAUGGAAAAACAGUGUCCCAUGUUAUAAUCGGACUGAAGACAGCUAAAGGCACCAAACAAUUAAAACUCGACCCCACCAUCUAUGAAUCUCUACAAAAGGAGAAAGUUGAAGUUGGAGAUGUCAUAUACAUUGAAGCCAACUCUGGUGCCGUCAAGCGCCAGGGAAGAAGUGAUACUUUUGCUACUGAAUUUGAUUUAGAGGCGGAAGAAUACGUCCCAUUGCCAAAAGGCGACGUGCAUAAAAAGAAAGAGGUGGUGCAAGACGUGACCCUGCAUGACCUCGAUUGCGCAAACGCAAAACCUCAAGGCGGACACGACAUAAUGUCUAUGAUGGGGCAGCUCAUGAAGCCCAAGAAGACUGAGAUUACGGAUAAACUGAGGAAAGAAAUUAACAAAAUAGUAAACAAAUACAUUGAUCAAGGUAUUGCUGAAUUAGUGCCAGGAGUUUUGUUCAUAGAUGAGGUGCAUAUGUUAGACAUAGAAACGUUCACAUACCUGCAUCGCGCGCUCGAGUCGGCCAUAGCACCAAUUGUCAUAUUCGCUACAAACAGAGGCCGAUGUCAAAUUAGAGGCACAGAGGACAUAGUUUCACCGCACGGUAUCCCACUUGAUCUUUUGGAUAGAUUGCUGAUAAUACGCACAUUGCCGUACAACAAGUCGGAACUGUUACAGAUCUUGAAGCUACGCGCUGCGACUGAAGGCAUCUCAAUCGAAGACGACGCACUCUCCGCUUUAGCUGAAGUGGGCGCCAAUAGUACUCUGAGAUACGCAGCGCAGCUGCUGACGCCUGCAUCACUGGCGGCACGCGCGGACGGCGCCCAACGCAUUGCGCCCGCGCAUAUCAGUUCCGUGCACACGAUCUUCCUCGACGCUAAGUCCUCUGCGCGCAUCCUCACGCAGCACUCGGACAAGUACAUGAAGUAAGGACGCGGGAGACUGCUCUGUCCAAGCUCAUCGAAGAACUUUCUUGUCGAUCCUUUUUCCUUGUAUUCUUAUUUUGGUCCGCGUUUGUAAUCGUGUAAUUGUGGGUUAAACGCAUUAUGAGCCCGGACGCCACUUGUGACAUUUGUAUUGACUGUAUAAACUAGUUCGCUCUUUCAGGUAGGGCGAGAGUAAAGUUUCUACUGUCGUCGCUUCGCUGCGUCGUCAAUUUUAUUGGUUGAAAAUGAUUACGUCGUUUGCUAGGACACACUACGUUGGUAAAAAAUUACAGAUACGACACUUCGACACUCGACCUGAGGAGCGGGUUAACUUUUACAGUUAUAUUUAGAGAAAAACUUUUGAUUCGGUUGUUAAGGAAAAACAUUAUAGGAAAGAUCCCACGAUAAAUGACAUUAUAGUUUCGUUAUUAUUUCUUGUGUAUGCCAAACUUUACACAACUGUUGUGGCAUACCGCAAUUACGGUAUAAAGUAUUUCUUUAUUAUUUAAGGUUUAUUCCAUAAUUUCAUUCGUUGUGAUAUUUACUUCUGUUAUUAGCAACAACUAAUUUUGUUUUCGUUCUGAAGCGAGAGCAAUGAUUUAUUUUUAUACAAAUUGUAACAGUCGAUUAAUUUCUAACCAAAUGUAA